AUGAUACCUGUCUACGCCCGCUCACAGUCAGAUUGCUCCCCCUCCUGUGUUGGGUCUUGCACGGUUGCAAAUUUGCAAUUGCAGGUGGUGUCGUCUGUUGUGGCUCUUGGCAGCAAUGGUGGUGGCGUGCAAGGAAACUUCUGGUGCCUGGUACCAAUGGCGGUGAAGAACAAGAACAAGAACAACAAAGUCAUGAUAGAGAAAGAAGCUUCGAAAGAUACAGAGAGGUCAUAUCAACCCUUCCAAAAGAAAAGGGAUGGACUACGGAGCAUUUGUAUCAAUACCAAGGCUGUUGGUACCGGAGACAACAACUCUGCAAUACGCCUCUCGUUUGAAGAGGCGUUUGAACAGUACUGUAAAGGAUUUUCUCCAUACGGACCCUUCUGGGAUCAUAUACUAGGGUAUUGGAAGGCAAACUCAAAAUGGCCAGAGAGGGUACUCUUAUUGAAAUAUGAAGAUAUGAAGAGGGAUUCCUCAUUUCAUCUCAAGAGGAUAGCAGAGUUCAUCGGUCAACCCUUCUCUUCAGAGGAAGAAAAACAGGGUUUGGUGCAUGAAAUUAUAAAAUUGUGUAGUUUUGAGAGUCUAAGUAAUAUGAAGGUUAACAAGACUGGAACCUUCCGAGCAGGCUACCUGACCGUGGAUAAGAAUUCGUUCUUUAGGAAAGGUGAGGUUGGAGACUGGAAGAAUCAUCUUACAGCAGAGAUGGCCGAGCGCCUGGACAAGAUCACUGAGCGAAAUUUGGAUGGUUGUGAUUUCUCAUUCGAUGAUUCCAAGGACACAUGA